GAGCGGGAUUAUAAACCUGAGGGAUUAAAAGUAAAAUUCAUUGAUUCUUUACCUGCAGUUCACUGCWUUAACACAGAUUCAAAUAUAUAUUUUUGUCUGCCAUAAAACUUUUAUAAAACUAAUAAAAAGUUCAGAUUUGUCCUUUAAUAUGCAAAACUAACGAGUAAGUUGAGGGAAAACGCUGCGGAGUGAGGCAACUUCUCAGAGCCAAUAGCAUGUCAGGUCCGGGUUAGGCCACGCCCACCUGCUCCUACCUGUUCGGCUGUUCCUGGACUCAACACGAUGAGUUUACCGGAUUAUAAAUCCACAGAGAAACAGGCUUCUGUCGCAGCUUUGCCCUCUCAUGUGGUCCAGUUAAACGUCGGGGGUCACCUGUUCAGCACCACCCUCAGCACCCUCAGGAAGCCCCCAGACUCCCGGCUGGCGGAGAUGUUCGGCGGGCAGCCCAAGCUCCGCCCCGACUCCCAGGGACGCUUCUUCAUCGACCGCGACGGCUCCCACUUCGGCCCGGUGCUGGAGUUCCUGCGAUCGGAGAGGCUGCCCACGGAGAACGUCCAGGAGGUGUACAAGGAGGCGGUCCACUACAACAUCAAACCUCUGAUCAAACGUCUGGAGGAGGCGCCUCAGAUGUUUGGAGAGCUGGUGGGGAGGCAGCAGUUCCUCUCCAGAGUCCCACACUACAAGGAGAACAUCGAGGUUCUGAUCCGUGUGGCCAAAGCCGAGGCCAUCGCCGCCCGCCGCUCCACCAUCCUGAUCUGCGUGCUGCGCAGCGAGGAGGACCUGAGCCUCUACAGCAGCGCCAUCAACAGCCUGGAGGCGGACAAGGAGUCGGUGGUGACGUUCGGGCCGUGGAAGGCCGCGCCGUCGGUCGGAGACCUGCUGGACUGCGUGAAGAUGGACAUCGAGAGCCACGGCUACCGGGUGAGCRUCCAGCCCCACGUGGCCGAGCGGAGCUUCCUGUCCAAAAGCUACGACUUCUUCUACAAACUCACCUUCACCUGGUGGUGACGAGACGUGGCUGACUGGAGAAACAAAAACCUGAAACUAAUGAUUCUGUGGUUUGAAGUGGUGCACUUUAUAAAUCUAUAAAAACAAA